AUGGUGCAAAGCAUUAUAAAUGGAAUUACGGGUAUUUUUAAUCAACAAUUGUUUCAGCAACAAUGGCAUCGACAGCAACUCCAUGGCGCUAAGAGUCUAUCAGUACUUCCAAGAUUAUCCAGAUGUAUUGAUGGGAUAGAUAAAAUUUUGAAACCAACUCUAAUUGGAAAGUUAACUCAGAAACAACAAUUGCCUCAGCAACGAUGGCAACAACUCCCAGCUGGACGUAUAAAUGUGGUGCAAAUAUUAUAA